GUGGAGUGGUUGUUGUCAGUCUGCCCUUUGCCCGGUCACCUGCUACCUCCACUCCAUAUCGCUGUUUACCGGAUCACACCGGGAUACAACCCGAUUCAACAUGUCUCGCGCUGCGGAGAGACUCCGACUGCUAAUCAACCAUCUCGACCGACCACCUGCCGACAUCAGAGCUGAAACGACUGGUGCUUUGAGCUUCAACUCCAGCUACCCUCAGAGACUCAGAUAUAGCUGGGAUACCGACCUGCUGACCCCAGAUCAGCGACUCUCUUAUGAAGAAAAUGGCUUCAUCCUCAUCAAGAAUCUGGUGCCUGAAGAGGACAUCGACAGGUUCAGGAGUGCGUUUGAACGGAUCUGUCGGCAGGAAGUGAAAGUUCCCGGUCUGAUGGUGAUGAGGGACGUGGCCAUCGCUAAGUCAGAGUUUGUUCAGGAUCAAAGAGCGGUCUCCAAACUCCAGGAUUUCCAGGAAGAUGCUGAACUGUUCCGAUACUGCAACUUACCACAGGUUCUGCAGUAUGUGGAGUGCUUCACUGGACCCAACAUCAUGGCAAUGCAUACAAUGCUCAUCAACAAACCUCCUGAUGCAGGGAAAAAGACGUCUCGCCACCCGAUGCACCAGGACCUGCACUACUUCCCCUUCCGCCCCGCAGACAAGAUCGUCUGCGCCUGGACGGCUAUGGAGAAGGUGGACAGGCAGAACGGUUGCCUGGUGGUGCUGCCAGGGACACACACCGGCACGCUGAAGGAGCACGACUACCCAGAGUGGGAGGGCGGUGUGAACAAAAUGUACCAUGGAGUGCGUGGCUACGACCCGCAGCAUCCCAGGGUGCACCUGGAGAUGGAGAAGGGCGACACCGUCUUCUUCCAUCCGCUGCUGAUCCACGGCUCAGGCAUGAACCAGACCCAGGGCUUCCGCAAGGCCAUCUCCUGCCACUAUGCCAGCGCUGACUGCUUUUACAUUGAUGUGAAGGGAACCACCCAGGAAAACAUAGAGCAAGAGGUGAAGGACAUCGCUAACAGGAAGUACGCGUUGGGCAACGAUAUUACCUUCCAGGACACCUGGGCCUUCAGAGGCCGCCUGGUGCAGGGCGAGAGGACUUCACUGUGAAGAACCACGCGCACGAUGCAAGAAACGCCGCGUCAUGACUAAGCAGACAUUGAUGAUUGUGUGACUGGAUAAGAAGCAGCAGUGACGUGAUCAGCAAAGUCAUAAUCUUGUUUCCUAAUUGUUCUUAUCAUGUAAUCCCUCACUUUUGAUUUCAUUUAGAUGACAUUAGAUUAUUUAAUGAGGCUUAAUUAACAUUAAUUAGGCUUAAUUAACAUUUGGAAAUUUGAUGUAGAGCAUGUUGUUCUCACAGAGGAUAUAAGGACUGGAGACACUGUUAAAAGCAGAAUAAAGUACCUGCUGCUGCUGUUCUUGCUUUACAGUAUUUAACAGCACAACAACUGAGAAUCUGGGAGUUUAAUUAUGAUUAUGAAAAGUAAUCGUAAGGUGUGAUUAUGAAGGUAGAGGGGGGUUGAGAGUAAGAGUAAUACAUGUAUCAAAGUAGAAAUGUGUAAAUAUAACUGUGAAUUGUAGCUUUUCUUAAUGAACACUAACAGAGGCCUUAUACAUGUUCUAGUGGGAUGAUUCAGUGAAUUCAUGUUUGUGGGACAAAUGUUAUAUUUGAAUAACAAAUAAUAAAAAUGAUGGCUAUAUUAUUAA